AUGAAAGAAGCCAAAUCAGUUAAAUUGAGUAGCCAGCCAGCCCAGGCGCAGCAGCAGCUGCUCGAGCAGCCAUUGCAGCAACAGCAACAUCAAAACGGUCAUUUGUCUCCUUUCAAGUUCGCCAAGUUGUUGGAUCCCGAGGCUUCUUGGGACAAGGAUCAAUUAGGAGAUGUGCUGCACUGGAUUCGACAGGUGGUGGCACUGUUGUGCGGAUUGGUGUGGGGUGCCGUACCUGUUGUAGGCGGUCUGUGGAUUGGCAUUUUUCUUUUGAUAUCCUCUGGAAUCAUAUAUGGAUACUACGCACUGAUCUUAAAAGUAGAUGAAGAAGACUACGGCGGGCAUGGAGCACUCCUCCAAGAGGGUCUCUUUGCUUCAAUUACAGUAUUCCUGCUCUCUUGGACUCUAGUUUACAGUCUGGCUCACUUCUGAUUCUGGGAGUGCCGGAGCAGUGUGGCUGCCUUUCGUCUAAGGAGUGCAGUGUUUCUUUCAGAUGCUUGGUCAAGGGUUCGUCUGCCGUUUGUGGCCUGGAAACAACGAGAAAUCUUUUCAGAAGCCCAUGUCAUCUGUUAAUUGCUUUUGUGAAAACGUUUUUGAUUUAACUGGGGCAUGGUUUAAUGCUGGCCUUGUUUGUUCAGGAGAGAUGUUAUAACGGACCGCUGCUUCUUAAAUGUCCCACUAGCUACACAAAGAUGUAGCAACAGUUCUGUUUGUUGGGUGCAUACAAUAAUCUUUCAGGUUUAGGUUUGUUGAGGAAAGAUUUUCGGUAGUGAAAGUCAUGAGAUACCUGCCGACCUAUCUCCUUUUCUGCAACUACAAAACCAC